AUGACUUCAAACAAUUCAUUUAGAUCAUCUAGAUCUAGAGAGGUUUGUAUUGAAGAGCCUAGUCUUGAAAUUGGUUCAGGUUUUUCAUUUUCUAAAUGGGACAAGAAGAGUCCUCCAUUAUUUAAAUCAUCCUACGAUGCAAAGUUCAUUAAUUUUGUGUUAAUAUAA